AUGCUGGAGAUGAGAGAUGAGAUGCAGCCUGUAUCCAAGGGUCCCUGUGCACCAAAGUACCCUGGUUGGGCAUCUAUCAGUAGGGGUGUGCUUGUGUGUGACGAGUGCUGCAGCGUGCACCGGAGCCUGGGACGCCACAUCUCCAUUGUCAAGCACCUUCGCCACAGCGCCUGGCCGCCCACACUGUUACAGAUGGUCCACACACUCGCCAGCAACGGGGCCAACUCCAUCUGGGAGCACUCCCUGCUGGACCCUGCACAAGUGCAGAGUGGCCGGCGCAAAGCCAACCCCCAAGACAAAGUCCACCCCAUCAAGUCAGAGUUCAUCAGGGCCAAGUACCAGAUGCUGGCGUUUGUGCACAAGCUCCCCUGCCGAGAUGACGACGGGGUCACCGCCAAAGACCUCAGCAAGCAACUGCAUUCGAGUGUACGGACAGGCAACUUGGAGACAUGUCUGCGCUUGCUGUCCCUGGGUGCCCAGGCCAACUUUUUCCAUCCAGAGAAGGGCACCACACCUCUGCAUGUGGCUGCCAAGGCAGGUCAGACGCUGCAGGCAGAGCUGCUGGUGGUUUAUGGGGCUGACCCUGGCUCUCCUGAUGUCAAUGGCCGCACACCCAUCGAUUAUGCCAGGCAGGCGGGACACCAUGAACUGGCGGAAAGGCUAGUGGAGUGCCAGUAUGAGCUCACUGACCGGUUGGCCUUCUACCUCUGUGGACGCAAGCCGGAUCACAAGAAUGGGCAUUACAUCAUCCCACAGAUGGCUGACAGCCUUGAUCUGUCCGAGUUGGCCAAAGCUGCCAAGAAGAAGCUACAAGGGCUCAGCAACCGGCUUUUUGAGGAACUUGCUAUGGACGUGUAUGAUGAGGUGGACCGAAGAGAAAAUGAUGCUGUGUGGCUGGCUACCCAAAACCACAGCACCCUGGUGACGGAGAGAAGUGCUGUGCCCUUCCUGCCAGUUAACCCUGAAUACUCAGCCACACGGAAUCAGGGACGACAGAAGUUGGCCCGCUUUAAUGCACGCGAGUUUGCCACCUUGAUCAUUGAUAUUCUCAGUGAGGCCAAACGGAGGCAGCAGGGCAAGAGCCUGAGCAGCCCCACAGAGAACCUCGAGCUGUCUGCGCGGAACCAAAGUGACCUCGACGACCAGCACGACUACGACAGCGUGGCCUCUGAUGAGGACACGGACCAGGAGCCCCCACGCAGUGCCAACGCCACUCGGAACAACCGUGCCCGGAGCAUGGAUUCUUCGGAUCUGUCUGAUGGGGCCGUGACGCUGCAGGAGUACCUGGAGCUGAAGAAGGCCCUGGCUACCUCUGAGGCCAAAGUGCAGCAGCUCAUGAAGGUCAACAGCAGCCUGAGUGACGAGCUCCGGAGGCUGCAGAGGGAGAUCCACAAACUGCAGGCGGAGAACCUGCAGCUCCGGCAACCAUCAGGGCCAGUGCCUACACCCACAUUGCCCAGUGACCGGGCUGAACACUCAGCCAUGGGCACCAGUGGGAGCAGCCAUCGCCGGGACCGCCAGGCCUUCUCUAUGUAUGAGCCAGGCUCUGCCCUAAAGCCCUUUGGGGGUGCACCAGGGGACGAGCUAAGCACGCGACUACAGCCUUUUCACAGCACUGAGCUAGAGGAUGACGCCAUGUAUUCCGUGCAUGUGCCUGCCAGCCUUUACCGGAUUCGGAAGGGGGUGUCUGUGUCGGCCUCCGCCUCUGCCUCCGCCGUGCCCUUCACUCCCACCUCCCCGCUGCUGUCCUCCCAGGAAGGAAGCCGCCAUAUGAGCAAGCUUUCCCGCCAUGGAAGUGGUGCCGACAGCGACUAUGAGAACACACCUAGUGGGGACCCACUGCUUGGGCUGGAAGGGAAGCGGUUCCUAGACCUGGGCAAGGAAGAUGAUAUCCACCCUGAGCUGGAAAGCCUGGAUGGAGACCUAGACCCUGGACUCCCCAGUACUGAAGAUGUCAUCCUGAAGACAGAGCAGGUCACCAAGAACAUUCAGGAGCUGUUGCGGGCAGCCCAGGAGUUCAAACAUGAUAGCUUUGUGCCCUGUUCAGAGAAGAUCCAUUUGGCUGUUACUGAGAUGGCCUCUCUGUUCCCAAAGAGGCCUGCCCUAGAACCAGUGCGCAGCUCACUGCGGCUACUCAAUGCCAGCGCCUACCGGCUGCAAAGUGAAUGCCGGAAGACAGUGCCCCCAGAGCCUGGGGCCCCUGUGGACUUCCAGCUGCUGACUCAGCAGGUGAUCCAGUGCGCCUAUGACAUCGCCAAGGCUGCCAAGCAGCUGGUCACCAUCACCACCCGAGAAAAGAAGCAGUGACCACUCUCCCUGCCCUUGCCCAUCUCCUGUGACCUCAUUGUCCACGGGAGCUGGGCCACUCCAAACACUAACCCACCCCAACAGAGCCACUGGCACAAGUGCCCUUAGUGCUGCCACUCUCCCCAGGCAGCCAAGUGCCCUGGUGCCCACCCCCUCAAGCAUCCUUAUGGAUGAGGAGGUGGGGUGGCAGGUCUUCUGUCCCCCACAUUCCAUGCUCUUCCCUCCCCUGUACAUAGCAUCCUCUCCUUUCUGGUGUGCAGGGGCCUACAAGGCACCUCCCACUAGCCCCUCAACCUGCCCUCAGGGCACCCUCAGCAAAGGGUCUGACAGGGACACUCCAAAUGGGGCAGCUCCUACCUAUACCCCACCCCCAUGAGCCAGUUCAGCCCUAUUGGGGGCUGAGCGGGGGCAUCCCCAUCCUUUGUAUAUAAUCUCUUGGAUGUCCUCGCCCUGUAGCCACCAGCCCCCUUGCUGCUCUCCUUUAAUGCCAAACUGGCCCCUGCCUAGGGCAAAGACCCAACCUAUGUGCUGGGGUCCCCAGCAGCAAACACUGGAAAAUCUUUUCUUUCCUCUUCCUGACCCCUUAAUUUUAACUUUGUGGUAACUGAGUGUCCCUGCGUGAGAGUGUGCGGGCGGCAGUGCCGUUCAGAGGGCUUGCCUGUGUGGAGCUUUGGGUGGCAAGGGGACCAGAGCAGUGGGACCAGCAUUGGGGGGUCAACCUUCCUCUCUUCAACUUGGAGCCAGGGACUGCCAAGGUCACCAGCUGUGAACCUGCUGCUGCUCCACUCAUACCCCUGCUCUAAGAACUUAAAAGGAAAACCACUUCCCUCCAUCUUUUCUCCCACCCUUGUGGGGGGAAGUGUGCUGGUCAGGUGGAGGACUGAGCACCUAAGCCUGGGGCUGGCUCCCCAGGGUUCCCAACUCAGCCAAUGGCUGUGGAGCUGAAAGCCCCUCUCCCUAACUUUGGCAAGGCCAGCACCUACAUCACUACCUGCACCUGUGUUGGUCCCACCCUCUGGAGGCCUGGGAACCUGGCUGCAGCCAGGAAUGCUGGAGAGGCAUCCACCAGCUCUCCGCAUCUGCCUCCCCCAAGGGGCAAGGCCCUACCUGCGUGGUGACAGGUGGGCUGUCAAGAUAUGUGUCAUGUACAUUUGUAUCAAAAAUAAAUAAGUGACCAUG